AUGACGUUCAAGCAAGCGUCCAUGAUGGCCCCGGAGGCCACGGCCACCACGAUGCCCAUGACCACGAUGGAGAACUCCACAGAGGCAGCGGGGCCGGGCGAGAGCAAGGAGGACAUGUUCACCAAGCUGAGGGACAAGUUCAUGAAUGAGCUCAACAAGAUUCCCUUGCCACCCUGGGCCCUCAUUGCCAUCGCGGUGGUAGCCGGGCUCCUCAUCCUCACCUGCUGCUUCUGCAUCUGCAAGAAGUGCUGCUGCAAGAAGAAGAAGAACAAGAAGGAGAAGGGCAAAGGCAUGAAGAAUGCCAUGAACAUGAAGGAUAUGAAGUCAGGCAACCAGGACGAUGAUGAUGCUGAGACGGGACUGACGGAGGGGGAAGGAGAGGAGGAGGAGAAGGAGCCGGAGAACCUGGGCAAGCUCCAGUUCUCCCUGGACUACGACUUCCAGGCGAACCAGCUCACAGUGGGCAUCCUCCAAGCAGCCGAGCUGCCGGCUCUGGACAUGGGGGGCACCUCGGAUCCCUACGUGAAGGUGUUCCUGCUCCCUGACAAGAAGAAGAAGUAUGAGACCAAAGUGCAGAAGAAGACACUGAACCCUGCUUUCAAUGAGACCUUCACCUUCAAGGUCCCCUACCAGGAGCUGGGUGGGAAGACGCUGGUGAUGGCCAUCUAUGACUUCGACCGCUUCUCCAAGCACGACAUCAUUGGCGAGGUGAAGGUGCCCAUGAACACGGUGGACCUGGGUCAGCCCAUCGAGGAGUGGAGGGACCUGCAGAGCGGUGAGAAGGAGGAGCCAGAGAAGCUGGGAGACAUCUGCAUCUCCCUCCGGUACGUGCCCACGGCCGGGAAGCUCACUGUCUGCAUCCUGGAGGCCAAGAACCUCAAGAAGAUGGAUGUCGGGGGUCUCUCAGACCCCUACGUGAAGAUCCACCUGCUGCAGAAUGGCAAGAGGUUGAAGAAGAAGAAGACCACAGUCAAGAAGAAGACCCUGAACCCUUACUUCAAUGAGUCCUUCAGCUUUGAGAUCCCCUUUGAGCAGAUACAGAAAGUGCAAGUGGUCAUCACAGUGUUGGACUACGACAAGCUGGGGAAGAACGAAGCCAUCGGCAAGAUCUUCACGGGCUGCAAUUCCACGGGCACGGAGCUGCGGCACUGGUCCGACAUGCUGGCCAACCCCCGGCGGCCCAUUGCCCAGUGGCACUCGCUGAAGCCAGAGGAGGAAGUAGACGCAGCUCUUGGGAAGAACAAAUAGGAGCUGCCGGUGGCGCGGCACCGCGGACACUCGGCGCGACCCAGAGCUACCGAUACCUCAUUUCUGCAACCUUCGGUUUUGGUUCUUUGUGUUCUCUUUUAAGCUGAAAUACCCUUCGAUGGCUGCGGGAGGGUUUCCAGACAGUCCCAAGAGCUUCCAGGGGAAGAGGUUAAAGACAUGGAUGGUUCUUUGCAUUCUUCAGCAUCGCUCCCUUCUGUCCCAUCGCCUCCGACCACCUCCCAGGCCCAAAGCCACGGUCACGCCUGGGACCUUCCCUGGUGGCCAUGGCACCAGCCCAUGGCACCACUGCUGCCGUCCUCCCCUUGGCUCCAUGUGGGAAGCACCGCUGGUCCAUGGAGGUGGUGAUGGAGGCGCUCAUGAGGGAUGAGCAGUGCUUGCCUGGGGCACGAGCUGUGGUGUGGACAGAGGAGGUGAUGGAGAGGAGCCUCUGCAGCAGACCCUGGUGCCUCCGGCGCUGCCUCCCUCCAUCCCCUUGGUUCCUGUGCCCCGGCCAGCUCCAGUCUUGGUUCUUCUGAGGAGAGGUUUGUAGGGACCACAAGGCCCUACUGCUGGGAGGGUGCUGAGCUCUUGUGGGGUCACACUGAGCCCAGGGAGCCCCUGGGGUCUGCUCGGAGGAGAGCCAUGGAGGGAUGUGCACACAACGGACACCACCAUGGCCAGGCAAGGGCAGCCCUGGGGAUUCACAUGCAUCCCACCAUGGUUGGAUGAAGCCUGUAGAUCAAGAUGCUCCCACAAGGCAGGAUGGUGCUGAGGGGUCUGGUGAUGGAAGGGGUCAGAGCGCUGCCAGGUGCCUCCCCAAAGGGCUCAGGGCAGCCUGGGGGCUAUGGGGAGCUCCAGCCCCACUGCCACAUCCCAGCACUGUGAUGCAGGUGGGGAGGAUGAGGAUGAGCCAGGGACCAGAACCUGGGAUCCCCGGGAGCUGCUGAUCCCAACCGAGCCAUUGGCUGCUGAAUCCACCCCAUCCCGCUCCCCUUGGGGCACAAGCCAUAUCUGUGUUCAUCACAGUGGGCAGGAGCUUCUCCAUGGUGGAAAGAGGCAGGGAAAGCCAAGGUUGUUCCUUGUGCACAGCCCACACUGCGGCACUGACAGGAGCCGGUGUCCCCAACUCCUCAGAGCCUCGGGAUCCCUGCUCCACUUCAGGGGGGGUUCGGCACAAUUGAAAGCAAGGGGGGGUUGUCCCUGCACUGGGACCUGAGCCUGGGGACAAUGUGCCAAGGUGCCAAACCACAUCACCCUGGUGCCGGCAGGUCACCUCCAGCUUCAAUGAGUUCCUUUUGCUAUGGGAUGUGUCAGUGUCAAUGAGCUCCUGCCCCAUGCGUGGCAAAGGGAGAUGAUGCCUCCGGGUGCUUUUAACCCAUGGGGAGCUCAGGGUGGCUGCAGCCCCUUGGCCAGGGCAUGGGCAGGAUUCGGGCUCUCAAGUCAGGAGCAUUCCAGAAUCCAUCUGAGCACUGAGGGAGGGAUUUGCCUCAUGUGGAAAUGGGUUAAAGAAGAAGGAACUGGGCACUCGGUGAGCGUGGGCAGCCCCAUAGCUCUCAUGGGCAGCACUUGUGCACACAGGACAGUGCAUGUCCCUGUGUACAACCCCUCCAUGUGCCCCCCUCCACAUUGCCCCAGACCCACUACAUCACCCGGGACCUCACCAGGAGCAGAGCUCCCACUUUCCAUUCGGACUCUAUAAUCCCUGGGAAGGGGAGACUGUGACUUUACUGCAUCCUUUGAUUUGUUCCUUACUAAACCAAGGGGAAACCACCGGAACCACUGAAACCAUCUGCGCUGCCUCUGACCCUGUGUGUAGUUGUGACCGUAUGGAGCCAUCGCUGUAUAUACCACGACCAGUGCAUGAGCUGCAGCCCCGUAGCAGUAGCCGCAUGGGCAACGCCGCGCGCUCGGGCCGGCCACGCUGGCGCCGCGAGGCAGAGCCGGUGCCGACCAAACCUCAUUGCUCGAGCGCUGUCCACCCCCCUCGAGGAAACACAACCCAACGAAGACCAUCUCCAAGAAGACAAUAAUGCCAAGAAGCAACGCAUGCCAAGCAGCGGACAGUGGAGCCGCCAGCGAUGCAGCCACCACCUCCACGUGUGUCUCGUUCCCGUGUCCCGUCGCGUCUCUCCCAUGGCCGGUACCGGUAACAUCGUGGCUUCCGUGUCCUGUGUCGCGUUUUGGUGCAUUUCACCCUCAGAGCAACUUUAGAAGCCAUAUGAGACCGCGGCGUGCCGGGACCCCAUGGGGACGGGCCCACGGGUGAGCCAUGACCCCCAACACCCCGUGUCCACUGUCCCCCCCUGUUACGUGGGGCUCAGCAGCGGAGCCGGAUGAGCUCCAUCGAGCCAUGGCCAUGGAUGCUGUGGGCAAGGGGAUGGGGCAGUGCUGGGCACAGAGCCGGGGAGGGCAGGAUGCAGCAAAGAGCUGGUGGUGAAAAGGCUUUUGAGGGCAAUUGGAGUGAUUCUGCUGUGUCCGGAUGGUUGGGGUUGGGAUGGGGAUGAGAGCCGGAUGAUUCCCAUGUCCCGGCUGCACCGGUGCAGACCCGGCCAUGCCACCAAGCUGCUGGUGUUGGUCUCUGAGGCUAACAGGAAGCGACCCCAUGAGGCUUGGCAACAGCCUGGGCUUGCUUUUCCUCUUCCCCCCCAAAGCUGGGAGGGAGGAGCCGGCCCCUUUGGGGGUCCCAGUGCUGGCCCCGCUCUGCCUCAUCCCUGCCCCACAGCGCUUGGCUCCAGCGCGAAGCUGCUUUGAAAGCCCCUUCCUCUCGUGUGGACUCUGUCGUUCCAUGGUUAUUUUG